CGUGGUUUUGCACAACAUCAGGAUUGCCCUCAGUCAGAAAUCUUGAAUUGCAGCUUUACUGGGUGGGUCUUGAAGAAUUUGAAGGCGUUCUGCAGAUGGGGCGUGUUUACCUAUGAGAAAGUAGCCAGCAUAUAUGCCUGUUUUUUGCUAACAUACUAGCAUGCUCUGUGACUGAACCGCUGUAAAGCAUGGCCUAUGUAUUAAAGACACUCAACAGCUGGUUCUGGUGGGAGAGCUUGUGGAUACCUGCCAAUUGCACAUGGGCAGAUCUUGAAGACCACGAUGGCAUUGUCUUUCCAAAGCCAUAUCAAUUAUAUGCCACGAUACCAUACGCUUUUGUGAUGCUGAUGGUCCGAUUCGUGAUAGAAAGAUAUAUUGCCAUACCUCUAGCAAAAGCUUUAGGUAUAAAGAACAUAACGCGAGUGAAGCCGCAGCCAAAUGCUAUUCUAGAGAAUUAUUUCCGAAAAUGCACAAAACAUCCAUCCCAAUCUGAGAUUCAAGGCCUGGCCAAAAAGUGUAACUGGACAGUUCGUUUGGUGGAAAAGUGGUUUAGGAGACGGCGAAAUCUUGAGCUCCCAACGAUGCUUCGGAAAUUCCAGGAAGCUUGCUGGCGAUUUUCAUUUUAUCUCACAUCAUCCAUUGCUGGAUUUAUAUUUCUAUAUGACAAACCUUGGUUUUAUGAUAUAUGGCAAGUGUGGGUUGGCUAUCCAUUUCAGCCCUUGCUAUCAUCCCAAUAUUGGUACUACAUGGUCGAGAUUAGUUUUUAUUGGUCUCUGUUGUUUACCCUUGGUACUGACAUCAAAAGGAAGGACUUUAUGGCCCACGUCGUUCACCAUUUGGCAGCCAUUGUUUUGAUGGCCUGUUCUUGGUGUGGCAAUUACGUUCGUAUUGGGACCUUAGUGAUGAUUGUACAUGAUACUGCAGACUUCUGGCUUGAGUCAGCCAAAAUGUUUAAUUACGCUCGUUGGGAAAAAACCUGCAAUGUUCUCUUCGUCAUCUUCUCUGUCGUGUUCUUCAUCACGCGGAUUAUCCUUUUCCCUUUUUGGAUUUUACCUGGCACAUUAUAUCUGCCUUCAUAUUACUCCUCAACAAUCGUCAUAGCAUAUUUCAUCUUCAAUGGGCAGCUUCUAAUUCUGCAAGGCCUCCAUCUAUACUGGGGCUACUUUGUUCUCAAAAUUUUGAAUAAAUUCCUGUUCCUAAAGGUGUUCAGGACGCCUACACCUGCUUGGGCUAAAACUGAUGGCAAAAAAGACUUGAAAGAUGACCGGAGUGAUGAAGAAGAGGAAGACUCCCUCACUGAUAAUGAAGAGUGCAUGAAGAAUGGCAGCAAGAAUGGCAGCAAGAAUGGCUGUGGGUUGAGCAGACACCAACUCUUAAACAACAAUCAUUAGAUCCAACCCUGCACCAUCUCCUGCAGUGUCGCUUGCUGUGUCCUUAACCCAACCUACAGUAUAGAGCUUAAAGUCAACAGGCUUAAAAGAGUCUGUGAUUGAUUUAUUGCUGGUUACUAGAUCUGGAAGGAAGCCCAUUUUAGAAAGGGGGUGGGGGGACUGCUUAACAUGACAAAAUGUGUUAAUGACCCACUUUCUGAAUUACUGCAUACAAGUGUGUGAAAAACAUAUCUAGACUCUGUAAAUCUCUCUUGAAAUGCUCAAGAAUUUCAAAACUAUCUCAGAACACUUAAAAUCUAAUGGAUUUAAUCAUACAUUGCAAAUCUGAGAAAAGCCAGGCAACUUUACCCAAUAAUUUUAGUGGCGUUUCCAUAUAUUUUUAGAAGUGUAUAGCUGAUGUGAACCCCACUAAAGAUCAGAAUGGCAAGAUCUUUGCAAGAGAAAUCUAUAACACUGGGAUGUAUUAUCUAGCAUUUUACGCAUCCUGUUUGCAUUUCAGCCCUUAGCACUGGGCUGCUGCUUGUGAAUUAGAUCUAAUUCCCAUGUGGCUGGGGGAAGCUAGCAAGUAGGCUCUGUGGCUAUUAUUCAAGUUUGUUUGUGCCUCCCUGAAAUGCCUCCUUCACUUAAAGAAGCAAUUGUUAGAUCCUUGCUCAAAAAAAUCCGUUCUUUGCAAUGGCAGAUAAUCUCUCCAGAUAUCACCCAUCUCAAGUCUUCUGUUUCAGGGGAAGAUUUUCAAGAAAGUGGUGGCAAAAAAAAUAAAAUCUCAUUCAUUAAUAGGGUUUGUAACGUUUUUGAGACUGGAUUACUGCAUUGAGUUCUGCAGGAGGCUACACUGUCAAACCACUCAGCAAUUGCAGCUAGUCCAUGGUGCCAUGGUCUACUCAGUCAUUGGAGUCUUGCACAAAAUGAGCUCUGAGCUUUCCAAUACUCUGGCUAUCGACCAACUUCCAGACGACGUUUCACAGGUUAUUGACUUAUAAAGCCCUAAAACGGUGGUUCUCAAACUUUUGUACUGGUGACCCCUUUCACAUAGCAAGCCUCUGAGUGUGACCCCCCCUUAUAAAUUAAAAACACUUUUUAAUAUAUUUAACACCAUUAUAAAUGCUGGAGGCAAAGCGGGGUUUGGGGUGGAGGCUGACAGCUCAGGACCCCCCAUGUAAUAACCUCGCAACCCCCUGAGGGGUCCCAACGCCCAGUUUGAGAACCCCUGCCCUAAAUGAUUUGGGUCCCCUUAUUGUAAAGACAACUUCUGCCCAUGUGGUUCUGCAGCCCUUGAAGUGAUCUGAUUCACUCAAGCUAACAGCUCAGGAGAGACAAAAGGGGGCUACUGACACAAGGUCCUCAUUGAGAGGCCGUUGUAUUUAAUACUCGUCUCCCCAUUCUGGCUGCAAGAGCCUGAAUUUGGUGACCUAUAGGGCACGCUGCAGAAUUCACUUGUUUUUCCAGGCUUCCUUUGGAAGAGGGAAGGAUGAGUGAGGGGCUGGAGGAUUUGCUGGGCUAGGAAAUGUUGCUAGGGGCUUGGGACUCGCGUUUUGUGUUGUUAUAAGCUAUGGGAGUGGUCUCUUAUGGGGAGUGGAAAUUGCGGGAUGUCUGCCUGUGGUCUUUUUGACCUAUAAAACUGUAUUUAAUCUGGGGGGAGGAGGAGAGAGUCGCGUGCCAUGAGCAGUGGAUGAUGCUUUAUUAUAAAUAAAUGGAAUCUGGCCUAGUGUGUUUUGAAAAGAGCAGGAAGCAUACAAGGAAAAACACCAGUCGGGAUAGUCAGUGCUAUAUUUCUUGCUUGCACUGCUUGGGGUGAGUAGCCAGUUAUCUCAAUGUCUGCAGUAUUCCCUUGUACUACUUUGUACUUACUGUAGGAAAUACAAUCUCCUGCAGCAUUCAGGGUAUCUCACUGCCAGUACUUAAGUCACCAGCAGCAGCUAGCAAGUGUUUCUGGGCCAUCCUUGCUUAUAAAUGCUCACGACUAAUAAUUUAAAUGCAUUCAAAUGGCUUUUCUCAGCAAAAUGUGAACAUAGGAGGUCCAGGCUAUAUGUUCCUUUAUAAGAGCAGUGGAUAUAUAGUAAUAUUUUCUGCAAAUGUUGAGUGAUUCUGGGAGACAGCCAGUGCAUAUUUUUUAAUUUUGAUUCCAAAAAUCUUUCCUGAUAUGAAAAAGAGAGGAACCCAUAACAGGAAAGAGAGAAUGCUGAACUCUUCCAGGGAGUGAGCCUGAAUUUAUAAUGCAAAUUGUUGCCAACUCUUGCCAUUCUUGCUUGGGCAAAAUUUCCAUUGAAAUCCAUUAAAAUUCCCUGGAGUUUUGACUGGGUCAGAAUUCUGGACUGCUCCUUAAUGCAUAUCUCUGGACUGUCCCUUGUUAGAAGGGAUAUUCCUCACAUUAGCCCCAAAUAUGCCUCUUCCCCACUCUGAACUUGCUUCAUAUCCUGCAAAUUAUUAACAGGAACAUGGAAGCAAGAAGCUGGCCUUAGAGAGAAUGUGAUUCAUGCUAAAGAAAUUAAUUUCACAUUGCUUCAAGAUCCUUGUCCUGUCUUUUCCAUGUCCCCUGUUUUGGAUCUUUGUACCACAGUGUGUUCUGCAUUUGGACCUUAGCAGGUUGAGAGGUAUGAAGUAGUGGAGAGUUUAACCAGUUGAAGUUGUGAAGAUGACUUUGCUAUGACAUUUUGACCAUAUCAGAAUAUGAACAGUCAGCAGUCCUAUAGCCUUGUGGUGAAAUCCUGGCCCCACUGUAGUCAAUGGGAGCUUUGCCAUUGACUUCAGUGGGGUCCGGAUUUCACCCCCAGUCUAAAGUCAAUGGUGCCACGAAUUCACCUUUUUGUAUUUAUGAAAAAUGUCUAUUAUGCUGCUUCUAUGCCAGUUAUUUAGACAGAUAAAAUAGAUAAUCUGAUCGCUAGAUAACCUAUUAUUCCACUUUGGACCAGAGCUGUUGACUUCAUGGGACUCAUUGGUAAUCAGUCAUUAUCAUGCCCUUUUGUACGAUCACCGUUUUUAUACUUCAUGGUCACUACUUUUGCCUUGUCAAACGUGUUACAAUCUAUAAAUAAACCUUUUAAAAAUGUC